CCGAAACCUAAUAACUACUUUAUUUACCAUUAAUUAACCACAAAUUAAGAGUUAAUUGGGGUUAAAGUCAUAUUUAAGGGCUUGUUAAUAGAGAUAAUUGCCCCUUAUACUGAAGUGUGACCCAUUUUGAAAAGAAAACAAUAUAUUGUCAAUGGCAGUCUGGAGGAAGUGAUUUUUUUAUUCUGAAACGAACAUAAAGCAGCAUCAAACCGAAAGUUCUUCACUAUUCAGCUCACCAAGUCUACUGAAUAUCAACACUGCCAGUGUUUAAAGCCACACAUAAGGGUUGGGCUACUCUGUUUUAAAGAAAAGAUGGUGGUUUUCCAGAGCUGUUUAUUUGCAUUUAUUCACUACCUCAGAGUAUCAUCUGCAAGUGAUAACAGAUGGAACGCCGAAAUACCAAAGUCCAUAGUGGGUCUGUCUGGCUCAUGUGUGGUGAUCCCCUGCAAGUUCAACUACCCAUCAGAUGGAAGGAAACACAGAGACUUUACAGGAAUCUGGUUCAAAGAUAAAGAUAUAAUCUACCAUAAAGAGACCUCCAAAGUAAUCAGCACAUUCAAGGGUCGCACCAGUAUUGGUGAUCUGCGUCACAACAACUGCACUUUGAAAAUCAGCUCUUUACAACACAGCGACUCAGGAUCAUACAAGUUUCGGAUCGAAAUAAAAGAUUUCAACAAGAACACAUUCUUGAAAAAUCCAGUUUCUAUUACAGUGAAAGAUUCACCAGACCUACCCACCAUCUCUGUGGAUAAGGAAGUGACAUCACAGAAAGAAGUGACCGCUACCUGUGCUGUGUCACAUUCCUGUCCGCCAGACCCACCGCGUCUCACCUGGAGCCACAAAGGCACAACCAAGAGUCCCUCACAGGCUCAAGAGGAUGGCCAAUGGAAGUUAACAUCAUCUCUGACUUUCACACCAUCCAGAGAAGACCAUAAUAAACCACUCAACUGCUCCGCAGAGUUUACUCCAGCAAAAACAGUGUCCAACAACAAAAAGCUCAAAGUGAAAUAUCCUCCAUAUAACGUGAAUGUACAGAGUAAAUCACAAGUGAAGGAGAAUGAAUCUGUUGAACUGAACUGCUCCGGUGAAAGUUACCCUCCUAUUCACAGCUUCCAGUGGUUCGGUUCAACUGGAUCUCUGCUGGAAAAUAGAUCCACAUAUAGAUUUAAUCAUGUGACCCGUUAUACUGAAGCCAUUACCUGCACCGCCACUAACACAGAGGGAAAAAACUGUUCAGCACCUCAUAAGUUUAAUGUGUUGUAUCCUCCUGAGAUUAAAAGUGGGUCUUCCUGUGAAUCAGAGACUUUUAUAGUCUGUGUUUGUAUUGUGGACUCAAACCCUCCCAGUGAAGUCAAGUGGCUCGGUCCCUCGAGUACUUUCCCCAGCUCUGGUGUUGAACAAAAUGGGUCUCUUACCAUAUUCACCCUUCAGGGAUGGCGGGGAUUCCCAGACACAGUCCAUUGCUCUGCCAGUAACAGUGAAGGAAACUCUGUCAUGACUCUGUCAGUGCCGCAUCAUGGUUUAUUUAUAUAUCUUGCUGUUGCUUCAGCUGCUGUUGUAGUUAUUUUAGCGGUCAUUUCAGCAUGUUUAGCCAAGAGACGCUGUGCGCGAAGAGUUAAACAACAGAAUGACCAGAAUAAAAUGAAGACAAUCCAAAAGUCUUGCUCUGACAGGGGGAAACAGAAAAGCAAUGACAUUUACACAAGCUACCAAGAUAACACGAAUUAUGAAUACGAAGAGAUAUGCCUGCCUUCUAUGUCUGAUGAAGAUGAAGUGUUCUACGCAAACACAUAAAUAAUAUAGUAAAAUAAUAUUGGCAAGGAUUAGUUAAAAAAAAAUAUGUCAAGAUAUACUACCUUUAACAAACUAAACAACAUUGGCCCCAAUUGACUUCCUCUCCUCAUGUAAAUACUUGAAAAAUCUAUCUCUGCUCUAUUUCUUCCAAUUCAGUAGAUAGAAAAUAAAACAAACAAAUCAAUUUCAGUGUGUGUUGUGUGCAUUUGGUGGCAUGA